CAAAUCAAGUCUAUAACCUCAAUUGUAUGUCCAAAUGUAGAUAAAUAAAUAUUGUUGUUUAUAAUUUGAAUUAAUCACUGUUAUAAUGAAAAUAUUAGAUAAAUUGCGUCAACUUGACGCUUAUCCAAAAACUUUAGAAGAUUUCAGUAUUAAGACACCUGGUGGUGCUGCAGUGACCAUCGUUAGCUUUAUUAUUAUUGCACUCCUAUUUUUAUCUGAAUUGCAUACCUAUUUAUCACAAAACAUAUCGGAAGAACUAUUUGUUGACACCACUCGGGGUCCUAAACUGAAAAUUAAUCUGGAUAUUGUGGUACCUCAGAUUCACUGUGAUUAUUUGUCAUUAGAUGCUAUGGAUACCUCCGGAGAGCAACAUUUGCACAUAGAUCAUAAUAUUUAUAAAAGACGAUUAAAUUUAGAAGGAGAGCCCAUUGAAGACCCUAAAAAAGAGGACAUCAUGACAACAACUAAAAAAACAACAGCAGCAAAUAAAACUGUGGAAGUAUUGUGUGGAAGCUGCUAUGGUGCAGCACUAAAUGAAUCUCAAUGUUGUAACACUUGUGAAGAUGUUAAAGAAGCCUACAGGAUUAGAAAAUGGAAAAUAGGUGAUUUGAAUAGUAUUGAGCAAUGUAAAAAUGAACGAGUCGCUGACAAACUAAGGGAUGUUUUCAAAGAAGGAUGUCAAAUUUAUGGUCAUAUGGAAGUUAACAGGGUAGGAGGAAGUUUCCACAUAGCCCCAGGACAGAGUUUUGCUAUAAACCAUGUUCAUGUUCAUGAUGUACAACCAUUCUCAUCAUCAUCUUUCAAUACAUCACACCAUAUACGUCAUCUGUCGUUUGGAACAAAAAUAGACAGUGGAAAAACAAAUCCUUUGGACGGCACCAAAGUUAUAGCCACAGAAGACGCAACAAUGUUUCAAUAUUACAUAAAGAUAGUUCCCACCUUAUAUGUUAAAAAAGAUGGUUCCACAUUGCACACGAAUCAAUUUUCUGUCACAAGACAUCAGAAAAUAGUUUCAGUCAUGAGCGGAGAAUCAGGGAUGCCCGGUGCAUUUUUCAGCUACGAACUCUCACCACUCAUGGUUAAAUACACCGAGAAAGAACGUUCUUUCGGACAUUUUGCGACAAGUGUCUGUGCAAUAAUCGGCGGAGUUUUCACAGUUGCUGGCUUGAUCGAUUCUAUACUGUAUCAUAGUGUACGAGCCAUUCAAAAGAAAAUUGAAUUGGGAAAGUUUAGUUAAAUUAAUGCGAAUCCGAAUAGUAGAUAAAUGUAAAUACUUUUAUACAUAUAUGGAUGGAUAUAGUUGAUAUAAAGAAUUUAAGAUA